AUGCGCGAACUCCUCCACUUACAGGUCGGCCAGUGCGGCAACCAGAUAGGCUCCAAGGUUAGUUGAUUUUAUUGUCUUCACGUAUUUAUAAACACAAUUUUCUCUCAAGUACCUCUUUCUGCCUUAUCAUGUAUCAUAACCUUUAAAACUACCCUGUACCCCAGUCUAGUGAUGACUUUCAAAAACAUUUGGUUUAAGCUCGGCUUUCGCUCCGGGUUAUUCAUCACCCUCUGCUCAGAACUUACAUGGAUAUAUGUUUUAUCAGUUUUGAUUAUGUCUAUAAACGUGCGUUCCGUGUCAUGACCUCCACAUAGAAGUAAUCAGGCUGAAUUAGUUUGAUUACGCUCGCGUAAAAAUACUUAGGUAUUUUAGAUUUACUAAUUAAGCGCCUAGUUUACUUUAUUCUGAGGACAUGCAUCAGUACACGACUUAGCCCGUCAGCUGUUAAUAAACAAAAGAUGUCCGAAAUAACCAAGACAAAGUUCUACUGCCAUCUGAUUUUGGAUUAAGGGACCAUGAACCAAGUAGAUAAGAUAUUGUCGAUCAGCAAGUCCUGAUUAUUGGUAGGAUAGAAAACACAUAAAUUCUGAAAUGUCACCCCAUUCCUAGUAAACGGACCUCGCUGAUAAUGGGAGGUUAAAAUAUAUCGAGGCGUCCUGAAACAAAAUAUUCUGGACAUCAAUUCCAUUAUUACAGUAUGAAAACAGACCUAGACAUCAUCAGACUAUUUUAUGUAGGACUGCUGAGAAGAGAUAAUGGCUCACUAUCCGUAUGAAUCCACAAAAGUGUAGUUAACCAAAAUGAACAACAUUUAGUAUGUCAAGUAUGUAAACAAAAUGUUUAUUCUUCGGUACGCGGAUGUCAAUUAAUCAAUAAAUUCCUUCCGUAAGUACUACGGUCCCACAGAUUGGCCGUGAUUCAGUCCAACCACCUGUCUUAAAAAAGCUAACAAGAGUUGGACGGACUGACUAAAUGAAUCGCGCCAAUUAAAGACUCGGACGCAUCAAUUACGACCCACAGCGAGAGCUGCUAAUUACAUUACGCAUGUGUUCCCACGGUAACCACGUACUAAAAGUACUGCACUCCAUGCUUCCAUUACCCUUAUCUCCGACUGUCUCUGUCAAUGAGUUCAAGUGAGAAUCCUAAGCAUCAUGCCAAUAAACUUCUUGUUCCGGGGAUCGCAUCUUCUUCUGAACUGCUUCCUGGAACUCGCCUGUUCGCUUCGAUCGAAUCUAUCUCCUGACAGCAAGUAGUUAAACAACCCUUAUCCGGAUCGAUUUGCAACUGGCUGAGAAUGAAUAUCCUGUGAUUUUGUCUGCUGUUUUUCUUGAUCCUUAGGCUGCAGUUUGAAUCGAAACUACGCAACGGUUUCUCGCAACGCUUCCAGAAUAAAAAUGAGCCGCCAGUCUUUUGCCCUUGAGUUUUUCGAAACCAAAAAAGUACAAAACGCGCAUGGUUGUAGAUUAAUAAUGAAACUGAUCGACUGUCUCAUUCGCAAUUUUUUUUCCUUUAAGGUCUUGACCGCUGUUUAUGAUCAAAGGUUAUAGCCUCAUAGUAGAACGAAUAAUCCUCCUAAUCAGAGUCAAACAAAAGUUUUACUUCAAAAAUACACAAAACGUCGACGCAUUUGCAGCAUUUGUCAAGCCACCUAUUCCACAGGGAUGAGAUUCGCAGAAGACAUUUUGAAAUGCCAAUUAAGUGUGUCAUGCAGCCUUCAUAAACAGAUGUCACAAAUUUCAAAAUGACAGGCAACUUCUGUUUCAGUGCCGCAUGGCCACCGUUUGAGAUCCUGUGGACCCUGAUCCACUGUUUUUCAAAAUCUAGGAAUAUUUGCACAGUCAAACGCUUUUGGAUGAGAACGGUGGGACAGGGUGACGCUAAGAAUAGAAUCAAUCGGCAAAGUCUAAAUAAAAUGUAUGAAAAAUAUGGAAACUUUUGCGAAUAUCGGCGGCAGUAGUAGAUGUGGCGUAAACGGCUAUUGACAUUUAGAAACAUUAGACGUUUGGUGUGGAAAUCUCCGCACAGGUAUGUGAAAAAUGAGCUUUUAGCGACAUUUAAGAAAUAAAGUUCACAUGUAAGUAAAAAAUCAAGACUAUUUUGGGGGUAAAAUAACGUUAACCAACAAGUGAUAGGGAGUCUCCGUCACCAUGGUGUCUCAACACCCCUUCUGAUUCCAGAAAACACCUCAAACCCAGUGGAAAGAGCAUGACAUAUAGUGAAGAUGGAACCAAAGGAAUGGAAGGUUGGAACACCGAGAACAGAAUGCUCAUAGAGUAAACAAAUGCCGGGCUAUCUGGCAUCAACCUUCCUCUGCACUCAAUGCACUGGAGACCUGGAAUAUAUAAAAGUACUUUCUGCAUCUUAUUUCGAGCAUAUAAAUUAACUGUCCCUAAUGGCAGCUCGAACAAGGAGGUCGACAUCACUUUUGAAAGUUUUUGGGUCUGCACUCACUUGUCUGUCGACACUAAUGCCUGCGUUAUUUCCCUAUACAGUUUUGGGAGAUAAUAUCGGAUGAACACGGCAUUGAUGCCUCUGGUGCCUACCAUGGUGACUCGGAUGAACAGCUAGAGCGAAUAAACGUCUACUACACAGAGGCCUCCGGAGGCAAGUACGUUCCACGAUGCAUCCUCAUCGACCUGGAACCGGGUACUAUGGACAGUGUACGUGCCGGACCCCUGGGUGGUCUAUUCCGUCCCGACAACUUCAUCUACGGGCAAAGCGGAGCAGGCAAUAAUUGGGCCAAGGGACACUACACAGAGGGUGCAGAACUUGUUGACGCAGUGCUUGACGUGCUCCGUAAGGAGGCCGAGGCAUGCGACUGUCUGCAGGGUUUCCAACUCUGUCAUUCCCUCGGCGGUGGUACCGGAUCUGGAAUGGGCACGCUUCUGGUGUCGAAAGUGCGUGAGGAGUAUCCAGACAGAAUAAUGAUGUCCUUCUCCGUCGUCCCCUCCCCUAAGGUUAGUUACUUUCGAACUGAUCAUUCCUUCUCUUCUGACACAGAGUCAGAAGUCAGGCAUCAACGCCGCUUCUUAAAACUCUUCUGAACUUCUUUUGUUGUAUGGCAGAGCCACCGAGGCGCUAGAUUGCCCAGCAUGUUCCAUGAAACCCGUGUUACUAAUUUUGGAUGUAUGUUAUAGUACUUUGAAGGUAUGCACACGUACUGUAGAGUGAAAAAGCGUUUAUUUCGCCUUAAUUUUUACUUCCUCUCAACUUCAUCCAGGAAAAAUGGUCAGCCCAGUCAGAUAGGUAGUCUUUUAACUGAUGUUUGACUGCAAAUAUAUAAGUCCGUUUCAGGAAGCAUCUAACUGGAAGGUUGCCCUAGACACUAUUGACUUGUACCUGGUCGUGAGGCAUCUUGAAAACCAAUCACGGCUUCUGUAUCCAAGGCCAUGCUGCAGUAAAUAGACUCAAAAGCUAAGUGCGGUUAAGUCCCACAAAUGUCUCCUUCUCAGUCGUUAAACCGAAUAUACUGUGUGAGCAAAUAUGCUGCCAGUGUACCGAACCCCUCUUCUGCAUGCACCUUCUAGUUAAGUCCCACUAAGUUACAUUUCCUAGAAGAGACUGUCGGAGGUUUGUGCAGUGGCUUAAUCAUUUGGGAAGCGUCUUAUUGUCCUGCAUUUUAAUUAUGUCAAAGUAAUAGAAAACAACGUUCGUCUGCAUGGUUUGUUUUUGGACUUAUACAAGAACUCCGAUUUUCUCGUGCUUCAGCUUCAAAUUUCUGUAAGCACUUUCUAACUCUGUUCCCAGGCCUCUAAAGCGCCGACCUUUUUCAGGACCCAGAAAAUGUGGAAAUGUUAGAGCCAUGUUAGGACCUAACAGAGAGUCUCUAUGAUCCAUUCAACUCCGUAAUGUUGAGGCCUUCCUAUAUUUGCACCCGGUUCAACGGUUUGACGCAAGAUUAUUUAGUCUGCAUAAAUCACUUGAAGUUUCUUCCGAUAUUCGAAACUACCAAAGCAAGAAUUCUCUACCAGAUGGGCAGACUUCACUAAGAAAUCCCCGGUUCCAUGAAACUGAACAACAGAUCUCUUAGGGGUUAGCGCACAUAUCCAUUAUAGAGAAAACUGAUUGCGUAACACCACGGUUUUGUUACAGUCGCAUAAUGCUAAGAAAAAUUGUAAGUUAUCCCACUAAAUUGCCAGUUCUAAAAUGCCCAUUUGAAUUUCAGGUCUCCGACACUGUCGUGGAACCCUACAAUGCCACACUUUCCGUCCAUCAACUCGUUGAAAAUACUGAUGAAACAUUUUGUAUUGACAAUGAGGCCCUCUAUGAUAUUUGUUUCCGGACCUUGAAGCUGCCCAACCCAAACUACAGUGAUCUGAACCACCUAGUUAGCCUAACCAUGUCUGGUGUAACCACCUGCCUGCGCUUUCCCGGCCAACUGAAUUCCGAUCUGCGGAAGCUGGCAGUCAAUAUGGUGCCUUUCCCGCGCUUGCACUUCUUUGUGCCUGGAUUCGCUCCGCUCUCGAGCCGUACCUCACAGUCCUUCCAGAGUCUCACCAUCCCAGAACUGGCUCGACAGAUGUUUGAUUCUAAAAAUAUGAUGGCGGCCUGUGAUCCCCAAAGGGGACGGUAUCUCACGGUGGCGGCUAUCUUCCGGGGCCAUAUUUCAAUGAAGGAAGUAGAGGAUCAGAUGACUCUUACUCAGCAGAAAAAUGCUCCCUACUUUGUUGAGUGGAUCCCCAACAAUGUGAAGACUGCUGUAUGUGACGUACCCCCGCGUGGCCUCAAGAUGUCAGCUACAUUCAUAGGCAACACCACGGCCAUUCAGGAGCUCUUCAUUCGCAUAAGUGAACAGUUUGCGGCCAUGUUCCGUCGCAAGGCCUUCCUCCACUUCUAUACCAGUGAGGGCAUGGACGAAAUGGAGUUCACAGAGGCCGAGUCAAACAUGAAUGAUCUUGUAAGUGAGUAUCAACAGUACCAAGAAGCGGGUAUUGAUGACGAAGAGGAAGAAAAUUACGAGGAAGGGGAACAGGAAGGGGAAGCGCAGUAG